GUGAAUUCCAUUUCUAUUUAAAUAGUUGAUCAGGAAAUCUUAGGCAAUAACUCAACAAAACUUAGAAGCUAAAAACAUAAAAGAUGUUCACUAGUAAUAGUGAUCGGGAAGCAGAGUUAAGAGCCUUUGACGAAACGAAAUUAGGAGUUAAGGGAAUUGUUGAUGCUGGUAUUUCGACCAUUCCUUCUAUCUUCAUUAACCCGACUUCUCAAAAAAACAACGCUGUCGAUAAAGAUGUCCGGUUUGAUGUUCCCAUUAUUGAUCUUCACGGUGGCGAAAAUUGUAUAGAUCAUAGGAAGAAGGUUGUUGAGGAGAUUCGAGAAGCGUCAGAGACAUGGGGUUUUUUCCAAGUGGUAAACCAUGGGAUUUCAGACAUGAUUUUGGAAGAGAUGUUCAAAGGUGUAAGAGGGUUUUUUGAGCUAGAUAAUGAUGUGAAGAAAGGUUAUUAUUCAAGGGAUUAUGGUAGUGGCAAGUUCACGUAUCAUAGCAAUGCUGAUCUCUAUACUUCAAUUGCAGCUAACUGGAGAGACACUUUUGUUUGUAUGAUGGCUCCUAAUCCUCCUAGUUCUGAUGCAUUGCCUCCCCCUUGCAGGGAGAUACUAAUAGAGUAUUCAAAGCAAAUGAUGAACUUGGGAAAAACGUUGUUUGCGCUACUAUCGGAGGCACUAGGAUUGCCACAAUCCCACUUAUAUGAAAUGGGUUGUCUUGAAGGGCUAAACAUUUUAGGCCAUUAUUAUCCAGCUUGUCCACAACCUGAAUUGACACUGGGUACAUCAAAACACGCCGAUGGUUGCUUUUUAACUAUUUUGUUGCAAGACCAAAUUGGUGGUCUCCAAAUUCUUCACCAGAACCAUUGGGUUGAUGUUCCUUAUACACCUGGAGCUUUAGUCAUCAAUGUUGGGGAUGCUUUACAGUUGAUAACGAAUGACAAAUUCAAAAGCGUGGAACACAGAGUACUUGCUAACUACAAAGGACCAAGAAUAUCUAUUGGAUCAUUUUUCACUACAUUUUAUCAAGAGACAUCUAAAAAGUUUGGACCUAUCAAAAAAUUACUAUCCGAUGUGAAUCCUCCAAAAUAUCGUGAGAUGACAAUGAAAGAGUAUGGUGUCUACUCCCUUAAAAAAGGACUUGACGGCACCUCUACCCUCCAACAUUUCAAGAUUUGAAUUGUAUUUAAGUUAUUGAAUGGAGGUUUACAAUUAAUGUUAAAUAUUUUGGGUAAAUAAGGGGGCCAUUUCGGUACCAGCUUGUUAUGUUUGUUUUAGACCCUUCAUAAGAAAAUUAUUGUGUGAUUACGUGUCUAUUUUCAAA